AUGGCGGGAAUACUCCAUCAGCAAAUCAACCUCAAGAAAACCGCGCCGGACACUUACAGUGCUUCCUGGCACCAAGACUGGACAGUCGCUUCCACUCUCCAUGGCGGGUGCGUGGCCGCGGUCAUCUAUCAUGCCGCCGCCAGACACCUGACAACGGACCCGACGCUGGUGGCCCAGAACCAGCCAGACAUACUCAAUCUGCACAUUGAGUUCCUCCGGGCAUGUGAGCGGCUCGACAGCACCGUCACGGUCUCCGUGCUGAAGCUGGGCGCCGCCUCGUGCACUCUCCAGCUGCAGCUGUCGCAGAAGGGCAAGAUCAAGGUUGUCGCCCUGGCCACCUCAACCAGUUUCGAUAGGCCUCUGGGCCCAACUGUGCCCACUGGCUGGACACUGCUGCCUCCCCCAGACCCCAAGCCGGACUUUGACCGCGUCUUCGCUAACAAGCCCGACGAAAACUGGAUCCCGGUGCAGGCUGGAGGGGAGGUCAUCCCCUUGACCGAGCGCAUCUUGGCCGUGGAUCCGCGCGCCGGGUUCCGCACCGAAGGCAUCUGCGACGUAUGGAACGGCUUCAUCGGGGAGGAGCGUAUGGACGCCACCUACAUUGCCCUGAUGACUGACAUUAUUCCGUCAAUGACGGAUACUCUGAUGCGCAACGGUGGCUUGUACGACGCCCACCGCUUCUGGCAGGGUGCGAGACAGUGGGCCGAGGCCAACCCUGGGAUUCCAGCUGUUUUUAGGAACUCCCUGGCGGAGUUGGCCAAGCAAGCGUCGACCUUCAACACCACCGUCGUCUUGGACAUGGAAUUCAAGAAAAGACUGCCGAAGGAGGGACUUCGAUUCGUCUUGACGAGGACUGCUGCCAGGACACUGCAGGAUGGGAGGUUGGACCUUGACAUCACAAUCUGCGAUGAGGAGAUGGGACUGGUCUGCAAGGCACACCAGCUCAUUCUAGUUUUGGAAGCCCAGAGAAAGUUCCGCGGCGGCAAGAACACGGAGCAAAAGCUUUGA